GUGUGUGAGUGUGAGUGUGUGAUUCAGUAACCUUCUUGUUCGUGGCCAGUACUGAUACACUACUUUUUGAUCCCAAGAGAAUUGCAAUUUGCUCCAACUUGUCCCUAGCCUCAUUACCGGCAUGAUUUCCUCUUCCAUUCUAUAGAAGAAUAUCGGAAAGAAUGCGGUCUGCUAGCUCACUCAGGCAAGAGUUCCUCAAGAAAUGGUUAAAGGGUCUACAAAUUUACAGCGGCAGCAAGAAGGAAAUGAGCAUUCUUGAGAGGAAAAAGGCCAUAAAAUUAUCAGCAGAUAUUGCUAUGGCUUCCACCAGAAUCUCAACAUCUUCCUGGAGUCGUGCCCUUAUGGCAAAAGCGUCCAAUGAUGCCACGAAUAAGGUCCUCGUCCAGCAUGUUUUAAGCCCCGAGGCUCAGAAACUAGUCCCAAUAAAGAAAGAUCCCAAGAAGUUGAUGAUCAUUUCCAGGAGCACAAGCAGCAUUAGCAAGAGAAUUAGUAGCAAGAAAAUCGUAAGAAGAAGUUGCUAUGCUACGAGAAGGAUGCGAAAGGCAGCAGCCCAGGUGGUUGAAGCUAGUUCUAUUGCGAAAAGGCUGGUAAUGAAGAGGACAGAAGUGCUUAAAAGUCUUGUACCGGGAGGAGAAUACAUGGAUGACGUUUCUUUGAUCAGGGAAACCCUAGAUUACAUUCUGUCACUGCGACUUCAGGUGGAUGUAAUGCGGCAUUUUGCCAAUGCUACCGAGGAAACGGAUCAUGGCAAAGGUUACAAAUAGAUAAUAUAUUGCUUGAAAUUUCUUGCUUUAGUUUUCUUUUUUUUUUUUCACUUUUUUUUGGCCCC